GUGUACCAGGAGAUGCAGCUGGCUGUAGGAACCUCCAGAUCCAUCCUCAUGUCUCCCUACUCACACUACGCACUACAGAGCAACAAGUGAGAGCCAGCAUGUGUGUGUGUGUUUACAGUGCAUUCGGAAAGUAUUCAGACCCCUUGACCUUUUCCACAUUUUGUUACGUUACAGCCUUAUUCUAAAGUGUAUUAAAUAGUUUUUUCCCCUCAUCAAUCUACACACAAUACCUCAUAAUAACAAAACAAAAACAGGUUUUUAGACAUUUUUGCAAAUUUAUAGAAAAUAAAACACUUAAAUAUAACAUUUACAUAAGUAUUCAGACCCUUUACUCAGCACUUUGUUGAAGCACCUUUGGCAGUGAUUACAGCCUCUAGUCUUCUUGGGUAUGAUGCUACAAGCUUGGCACACCUGUAUUUGGGGAGUUUCUCCCAUUCUUCUCUGCAGAUCCUCUCAAGCUCUGUCAGGUUGGAUGGGGAGCGUCGCUGCACAGCUAUUUUCAGGUCACUCCAGAGAUGUUCGAUCGGGUUCAAGUCCGGGCUCUGGCUGGGCCACUCAAGGACAUUCAGAGACUUGUCCCAAAGCCACUCAUGUGUUCUCUUGGCUGUGUGCUUAGGGUCAUUGUCCUGUUGGAACCUGAACCUUCGCCCCAGUCUGAGGUCCUGAGCGCUCUGGAGCAGGUUUUCAUCAAGGUUCUCUCUGUACUUUGCUCAGUUCAUCCCUUGAUCCUGACUAGUCUCCCAGUCCCUGCCGCUGAAAAACAUCCCCACAGCGUACUGCCACCACCAUGCUUCACCGUAGAGAUGGUUCUAGGUUUCCUCCAGACGUGAAGCUUGGCAUUCAGGGCAAAGAGUUCAAUCUUGGUUUCAUCAGACCAGAGAAUCUUGUUUCUCAUGGUCUGAGAGUCCUUUAGGUGCCAUUUGGCAAACUCCAAGUGGGCUGUCAUGUGCCUUUUACUGAGGAGUGGCGUCCGCCUGGCCACUCUACCAUAAAGGCCUGAUUGGUGGAGUGCUGCAGAGAAUUGGUUGUCCUUCUGGAAGGUUCCCAUCUCCACAGAGGAACUCAGGAGCUCUGACCAUCGGGUUCUUGGUCACCUCCCUGACCAAGGCCCUUCUCCCCCGAUUGCUCAGUUUGGCUGGACGGGCAGCUCUAGAAAGAGUCUUGGGGGUUCUAAACUUCUUCCAUUUAAGAAUGAUGGGGGCCACUGUGUUCUUGGGGACCUUCAAUACUGCAGAAUGUUUUUGGUACCCUUCCCCAGAUCUGUGCCUCGACCCAAUCCUGUCUCUGAGCUCUACAGACAAUUCCUUUGACCUCAUGGCUUGGUUUUUGAUCUGACAUGCACUGUCAACUGUGGGACCUUAUAUAGACAAGUGUGUGCUUUUCCAAAUCAUGUCCAAUCAAUUGAAUUUACCACAGGUGGACUCCAAUCAAGUUGUGGAAACAUCUCAAGGAUGAUCAAUGGAAACAGGAUGCACCUAAGCUUAAUUUUGAGUCUCAUAGCAAAGGGUCUGAAUACUUAUGUAAAUAAGGUAUUUAUAAAUUAGCAAAAAUUUCUACAAACCUGUUUUCGCGUUGUCAUUAUGGGGUGUUGUGUGUAGAUUGAUGAGGAAAAUAAGGCUGUAACGUAACAAAAUGUGGAAAAAGUCAAGGGGUCUGAAUACUUUCCGAAUGCACUGUAUGUCUGUACUCAUGCGUGUGUGAUUGUGUGUUUAUGUCUGUACUCAUGCGUGUAUGAUUGUGUUUUUCAGAGACACGAUCUGUCCCGUGCGGUACGCCCUGUGUCAGUGUGUGAAAGGGGAGGGACUUGUAACCAUGGACAGCCAGGGCAUUCUGAGGGCGGGGCCUGACACAGGAUCCGCCCUGCUGGAGGUAAUCGCUAUGGAGACCUGUGGGGUCAACCAGACCCUGCUCAUCAGCGUCCGGGUAAGUUGGUCACUUGUGUCCUUCGCAGGGAUCUAUUCUAAAGUAAACCUGGUGAGAAACUCAGCAUCCACAGUUGACCCUAAGGACUGGGUCAUCACUAUCUGACCAUGCUGGAGAGUACAAAAUAGUAUUUGUGUGUUGUGUUUGCCAGGUGUCUCCAGUGUGGUUUGUCAGGCUGUUCAGUGUGUCCAGUCUGUACAGUGUUGGAGGGGGAGGCCUGCCUGCCUUUCCCCUGGGCUGGACCAUCAGAGUCAGGGCUCUCUGCUACGACAACCUGGGACAACAGUUCAACGCCCAUAACACACUCACACACAUUACCACCAAC